AGUGGUGGUGGUGGUGCUGUGAGCACACACGCAGCAAAGCCGCUCCAGUCUGGUCCGCUCGCACUCUCGGCCGAGCCUCUCUCCCCUCCUCUCUCCUCCUCUCCCCUCCUCCUCUCUCCUCCUCCUCCUUCUCUCUCCUCCUCCUCUCUCCUCCUCCUCCCAGCCGCCCCCUUACCUCGUCACCGCACCGCGGACGUGGACGCGUCCACACCGCCAGCGGCACGCGGCACACAACGCAGCCGUCACCAGACGCCGUGCACCUCGCUCUCUCUCUCGCUCUCUCUCUCGCUCUCUCCACCUUAUGCACCACCGUAGGACGCGCACACACAACUUACUUACACACACAACUUACACACACACACAAAUUACACACACAACUUACACACACAACUUAUGCACACACACAACUUACACACACACACAACUUACGCACACGAACGCAGCGCUGGCUAAGGGAGAGAGAUAGACUUUGCGGGCAAGUGUUCAACACACGCGCACAGAGGCGCGCAGCGUACCGCCGGGCAAGGCACACAACCACCACCAUCACCACCAACAACAACAACCAGCACCACCACCAACAACCACAACCACCACCACUGCCGCCGAUGGGAAAUUCGCCAGUCGUGCAGCAAUGGGCACGGAAGACGAAGCCGUGAUUGCGGAAGAGCUGUUCCCCAGCUCGCCAAUUUAGAUCGCACUAUUAUUGUACGUUGUACACGUCACACACACAGAUACACACACAUACAUACACACAUAUAGAUACACACACACACAGAUAUACACACACACACUCGCUCGUAGGCUGCAUGUGCUCGGGACGUGCGGCGUCUCAUCACCGUUGCGUGUCGCCUCCCCGUCGGCUGGGCGCGCGUGUUGAACACAACGCGCAUUGACGAACACACACACAUUGACUACUCCACGGUCUCGUGAUACACAACACUGAAGCAGUGGCAGGGGACACCGGUCGCAUUGUGUGUGUGUGUCUCUCCCUCUCUGUCGUGUGUCGCCUGCGAGAAGGGGAGGGGGGUUAGGGGACAGCUAGGCACCGCGGCUUGUGUGCGCGUUCAGUGUGUUGCGCGUUCAGUGUGUGCCAGUAAGUGCCAUCCUCUGAACUCAUUUCUCUGGAAUAUAUCAAGCCAAGAAGACACCACCAUCAUCAUCAUCACCACCAGCAACAUCGUCUGCCUGCCCUGCACCCUGCAAGACGGGGGUCCAGGUGCCCUGCCGUCCCGCGCGCACCAGGAUGCCCGACUCCCCCUCGGACGUGAAGGCCUCCUCCAGAUCGACUCCUCCGAUCCGCAGCGCUCCGCAAGCCGCCAUGCCUCCCCCUCCCCCCGCCACGCAGAGCAUCAACCGAGCCAGCUCCUUCACGCCCACGAGCAUGCUGAACGGUGUGGGCCACUCUCCGCCGGGGAUGAACGGCGCCCCUUCCCCGCCCAACGGCUUCGGCAACGGCCCCGCGUCCUCGUCCUCCUCCUCGCUGGCCAAUCAGCAGCUGCCGCCGGCGUGCGGCGCCCGCCAGCUCAGCAAGCUCAAGCGCUUCCUCACGACGCUGCAGCAGUUCGGCUCCGACAUCUCGCCCGAGAUCGGCGAGCGCGUGCGGACGCUCGUGCUGGGCCUCGUGAAUUCGACUCUGUCUAUUGAAGAGUUCCAUGCCAAACUUCAGGAGGCGACCAACUUCCCUCUGCGCCCGUUCGUGAUUCCCUUUUUAAAGGCCAACUUGCCGCUGCUGCAGCGGGAGCUCCUGCACUGCGCGCGGCUCGCCAAGCAGACGCCGGCUCAGUACCUGGCCCAGAACGAGCAGCUGCUGCUGGACGCCAACGCUACCUCUCCCGUCGACUCCUCCGACCUCAUGCUCGAGGUGGCAGAGAACGGCAAGCGGCGGACACCGGACAGAACCAAAGAGAACGGCUACGACCGGGAAGGACUCCACUGCGAGCCCCCCAGCAAACGCCUCUGCUCCCUGAGCCCCCCGACGCCGCGCGGCUUCAGCCCCAGCAACGGCCUGCCCCACCACCCGACCCCUCCGCCCCCUCUCCAUAUAUAUUUAAAAAAAAUCCUUUUAGGGCAAUGUUACUGACGAAUGGGUUCAGUUUUUUUGUCAUGACCUCUUGACCUUGACCUUUCAGGACUGCACGGAGGACGAGUCGAGGAGGUCAUUGAUCACAGGCUGACCGAUCGAGAGUGGGCAGAAGAGUGGAAGCAUUUGGAUCAUCUGCUGAACUGCAUCAUGGACAUGGUGGAGAAGACGCGGCGCUCCCUCACCGUCCUGCGGCGUUGCCAGGAGUCGGACCGCGAGGAGCUCAACUACUGGAUGCGGCGCUACAACGACGCUGAGGACCUGCGCAAAGAAUCCCAGAGGGAGUUCCCACACCGGCCCAUCUCAGGCUACAUGCCCGACGAGAUCUGGAGAAAAGCAGAGGACGCGGUGAACGAGGUGAAGCGCCAGGCCGUGGCGGAGCUGCAGAAGGCCGUGGCGGAGGCGGAGCGCAAGGCACACGAGCUGAUCGCGAGCGAGCGCGGCAAGAUGGAGCGAGCGCUGCUCGACGCGAAACGGCAGGCGGCCGAGGACGCGGCGACGCUAAUCAACUCGCAGGAGGACUCGAGCGAGAGCUGCUGGAACUGUGGCCGCAAGGCGAGCGAGACGUGCAGCGGAUGCAACACGGCGCGGUACUGCGGCUCCUUCUGCCAGCACAAGGACUGGGAGCGGCACCACCACGUGUGCGGCCAGGGACUCCACCAGGGCACGACCGGCGGCGGCGGCGGCGGCGGCGGCGGAGGAGCGCCGACCGGAGUUGGCGGAGUGCCGGGGAUCGGCGGCGGCGGCGGCUGCGGCGGCGGCGGCGGCGGCGGCGGAGGUAUCGGCGGCGGUUCCAUAGUCGAAUCUUCGGCGGUCGCCGCGUCGACGGCGGCGGUCGGCGGAGGGGUGGCUGCGGCCGGAUCCGGGUCGUCGUCCGGCGCUGGCAGCCCCCCAAACAACGGAGCGUCGACGUCGCGGUCCGGCUCUCCCCUGGAGCCUUCGGCGAGCGAGGUGGCCUCGCGCUAGCGCCGUGGACGGCUGCGCCGAAGCUCGGGACUCCUUUGGCGCGACCGGAGGUCGCGGAGUCGUGGUCCCGCUUGUCGCGUUGACGCAGCGUCUUUGUGGUCCAAGGCGUCGACCGGGACACCGUCGCUGCGUUUGCGCGAGGACGUGAGAUUCCCUGCCGCGCAGCUGCGAAAGCUCGAAUCGGUUUUAGACGGCGCUCUGCAAGACGCAUCGGGGGGUUGCGUUUUGUUGAGAGAGCGCUUUUGCCAGAUCGGUGCUCAAAAGUGGGAAAAAAAAAAGUGUUCUAUUCAGGAUUAUGAAAGAAAGCAACCAGGUCACGUUCUCGUUCUCUUUGAACAAUCGCGAGGCUGCAAUCACCAGGCUGCAGAUGAAGCCCGGAUUCAAACACGAGGCCGUUUCCAGACCUCGACACGUGACUCACAGGCCUGAAAAUGCAAGCAGCGCGUCGCAGAGGAAAACGGUUUUGAGCACGAAUGAAGCUCCACGUCCCCAGACCUCCGCCAUGAUAGUCUGGCGAUGGAGCCGACACUGGCGGCUGACUCUGACAACACAACGCACGCGUUCAAAUCUCUUAAGGAACGCCAUCCUCCUACUGCUCUUCCUCCUGCCCUUCCUCCUGCUCCUCCUCCUGCUCGCCGUUGUCGUCUUGCCGUAUUGAUCUGUGUUGCUGUGUGGACGUCACUGGGAGAAGGUUGGGCCACCUUUCCAGAGAUUCCAAGCAUGGUAUGACCUCAUUUUCCAAACUAGUGAAACUACCUUAAAGUUUUUUUUUUUCUUGGGAUGUACGGAUCGCUCUGCGGUGGCUCGGAGAGAGCAACCUUUUUGUGGCUCGAUGAACGUUUCUAUCGUUCGAGACAAUAAAACACCCUCCUCGUGGAGAAUGCCUCAUGUAAAAUCACCUCUCUGUACAUUUUUUGCGAUUGCAAAAAAGAAGACAAGCAGCGACGACAAUAGCGACGACGACGACAUUACCGCGGACGUUCAAAAGGUCACUUGUCGCUGGGACAAGGGAAACCUGCAGCGAAACGAUUUUUACUGCCGCGUGGAAACGUGGCGGGGAGGGGAAAUGGGGGUUUAUUGUGUGCCAUCUUCGUCAACAAUCUGUGUGCUCUCACGGCCAUGCAGGGAACAUCCAAAUGAUGACAACGGAAGAAAAAAAAAACACACACAAAGCAAAAUGUUAAUACCGAUGACCUCUUGAUGACACCAUAAAAUGAAUAAAAAAAAUGCAAGAGCUUUUCUUAUCAAUAACCAAAACGUGCAUCGUUUGAAACAUUACAGUCACAAAAAGAAAAUCAGGUUUCUAAAACAAAUACAGUUACACAACGUGCUGCGCAUUCGACGAGUUGGGAUUCGGAAGUUGAAAUGUAAAUCCACGGACACGAACUGAACUCUCUCUCUCUCUCUCUGCGCUGCGCGUCUGUGUCUCCGGUCUCGACGCAUCGUGACACGCCGCCCACCGCGACUCCGGGGUCGGAGAGACUUCCGGGUAUCUCCACGACGCGAGCGUGCAGCCGCAUUCAAAUGCAAUGCCAAAAAAACUAAAAAAAAAUAAUCUGUCAACGAUGGUGUAGCACCCAACGGAAACAGCAUCCGUGCGAGCGACUCGACUCCAAGAGCCUCGUUGGCCGCAUCUCUCCUGGCGACGCGCUGCUCUCCAGGAAUUUGUUCGCCUCCUGCACGCAAAUUUUUUUUGUUGUUGUAAAUACCAGGCACGGAUCUAUCUUCUUUUUUUCUUCCACGGGAUGUUUCUCUUUCGCACAGUGGAGUACGAUUAAAGCGUUCUGCUUGAUUUUCUUUUUAAAUAUAUAUGUAUAUUUAAAAAUGUAGUGUCUAGUGUUUUUUUUUUUCUUCAGUUAUUUUGUACCCAGUGAUAUACAAUUGUAACAUGGAAUGUUCUGUUACUAAUCUGAGGUUGUUUAAAAACAAUAACAACAAUAACAACAACAGUUUAGUUUUAGUUUCAGGCAUCAUCUUCCUGAAGCAUUCUGUGACAUGAUGCGAUGUUACACUGCUCGCUGACGACACUGGAUAUGUGGUUGGAAUACAACUUAAGGUAAAAAGACGCAACUCGCAGGCCACAAGAAUGUUUAUCCAUCGUUUUCUGAGUCACCCAGUUUGUAUGCUCAUUUUAUAAUUAACUUGUUUUUUUUAUCCCAAGUAUAUUCCAAUUUUUAUUGCCAAUCAUGUCAAGAAACUCGCAGCGAGCAGUGCCUCUCCCUGUCACGGAACAGUCCCUUCAGGAUGACAUAACAGGAGUCAUUCUGAAGUGACUUCAUUCGCACCAGGGGCACACCUUUUAUAUGGCCCGUGAAUAGUUUUUUUGUCAUGUACAAAUGAAAACGAAAAUAAAUCCCCGAAUAUGCCAAAUUAAGCGACAGCCGGAUUUUAUGUCAUAGCUUUGAACCAACCUACAGCUAUGGUCAAUCAAGCCAUAUGAUCAUUCUGAUGUUAGGAGGCCUUCAUCCAGUAGUUAAUUGUUUUUAUAUAUAUGAUUUGGAUUUAAAGUAAGGAUGUCAGCUCGGUGCUUGAGCAUGGCAUUAGCUACCCAGGCCUCUCCUGAUUGUGCUGGUAAUCAGUAUCAUGACAAUAGGCUGAUCACUCAGCCUGCAAGAGACAUUCUCAAAUGAAUACCAUGGAGUUGACUUAUUUAUUUUCCAUUGUAGUGGACUACCAUGGGAAUUUUCUACGUUUGCACUUUUGGUUAAAAUUUAAUUUGCAUAUUCUGAUAACUGAUGGAUAUAAUUCAGUACAAGUUGCAGCAUUUUGUUUAACAGGUGAGCUCACUCAUGCAAAAAUGACAAUCACUAGAUUUUGCUAAGAUUUUUCUCCCGUGCAACGCAGCCUCCCACGUUGCGUGAGAACAUUUUCGUCUGCUUCCGGAUUCGCAUUUCCAGGAUUUGAACGAUGAAAAAAGCGAUCGGGAUCUUAACGCGCGAUUUGGAGCGACUGUAAUUGUACUUCACUGUGCGAAAGUGAUUCUCCGUUGUUUUUUUUUUACAUUUUACCUUCACGUCUUUGUUAACUCUUUCAGAGACUGUAGGGCCCUCAUGCGUUGCGAAUGAAACCUGCUGGAACACAAAAUCGCGAAGGCUUUUUUUUUGCUCAGGUUUUAAGUGGUUGACCCUCUACUCGCGAAUGCAUUCUGUUCAUCCGGCAGUAAGUGACGCGAAGCCCCUUAAAAAAAAAUAAGAAGCAUAAAAUGCAAUCACCUCAAGUCUCGACGUCUACAGCCGACAUCAUCCCAAAUAGACAACGUUGUGUUCAUCCACACACUACAUAUAUUUACUAAAGACAUGCACGCGCGCGCACGCGUAUGUGUAUACCGCACGUUUAUAUUGUAAGGCCUACGCCACAUGUCGCACUUGAAACCCGUUUGAAGGUCGUGACACUCAUUGCCCGUGCAACGAGAUUCCUCUGUGGCACGACAAUGCAGGGCCCAUGGCACUUGCAGAGAAGUGAAUUCACAGGCGAAGGAUGUUUUGUGCCCCCUUGUCCGUGUCAUCACGGAUAACAGGAACAACCUAUGACAGGAUCUCCUCCUUUUUUAUAUAUAUAAAAUGUACAAUAACCCUUUGCCGAUUCACUGCUGGAUAAAUGCCUCCCCCAUGGGUCAGUCCUGGGGGGGGGGGUUGUUUGACCAUACUUCACCAUGCUGGUCAUCGCAGGUUGGUUAGGUGAGGAGACCCCAUUUCCGGUUCUGAUUUCACUCAACACUGAUAUUAGCCACGGCCUGGAAUCGAACUCGGGUUGAUAACCUGAAUCUCAUUUUUCCAGAUAAAAAUGUUAAUGGCGGGGUGAGUAUUGUGCUUGCACCCCAUCCAUCCGUGGCCUUUCCGUUAUCCGUAGCUAUGCAGACAACAACCAAUCCUUGGCUGUACCCUGCGGAUAGUGGGAGUUGUGGAUAAGAAGUUGCCACACAGGAGGAGUGUCAUUGUAGCGUGUGUAUGGGCAUGUGGUAUAGGAUUAUACAGUAUAUGAUGUGUUGAGUACACACACAAGUCGCGCGUUGUAAUUAAAAGAAAUAGAACUACGUCCACAUGAAGAACUGAAGAAAAAAAA